AUGCCUCGUCUCUCCGUCCUCGCCGCCCUUGGCCUUCUUGUCGCUCAAGGCACCGCCAUCAGUGUGAAGCGCGUCGACAGAUUGGCCCCCCGCCGCUUCGAUAGCUCGGUGCCCUUCUACGACCACGACUCCAACGCACCCAGCGACUGCACCCUGUGGUGGAACUCUGAUGACGGCCUCAGCUGCGACACGGUCCUCAUCAUUGCGGGGAUCUCUGCUGCACAACUAACAGCACUGAAUCCGUCCAUCAAGACGUGCGGGGACUGGAAAGUGGACUACUCGUAUUGCAUUGAGUCUGCUUCCGGCUUCCCGGAGCCGCCAACUCCUCCGACACCGACGACGACGACCUCGAAGGCGCCGGCGACCACUCCAUCGCCCACUACGCCAGCCAAUGGUGUUACGACUCCUGAUCCGACCCAGCCAGGCAUGGUAGACAACUGCAACCGCUUCUACAAGGUGGUGGCCGGCGACACCUGCACCACCAUCGCCUCCAAGAACGGCGUCACCAUCGCUCAGCUCGCAGCCUGGAACACGCAAAUCGGUGGCGCUGCCUGCACUGGAAUCUGGGCUGAAUACUACGUCUGCACCGGCAUCAUCGGCGGAUCGCCCACCCAGCCCUCUCCAACGGUCACGCCCAACCCCACGCCGCAGCCCAUCCAGGACGGCAUGGUUGACAACUGCAACCGUUGGCAUCUCGUCAAGGCGGGCGAUACUUGUAGUACCAUUGCCUCGUCCGUGGGUGUUACCGUUGCUCAGCUUGCGACUUGGAAUAAGGGCAUCGGCGGCACCGCUUGUACUGGUAUGUGGGCAGGGUACUAUCUCUGCACCGGCAUUUCUGGUGGCUCAGGUACGACGCCGCCUCCGGCCAACACCACGCCUCAGCCUAUUCAAGACGGCAUGGUUUCCAACUGCAAGAAGUUCCAUUUCGUCCAGAGCGGCCAGAAUUGUGACUCCAUCUCGAAGCAGUAUGGAAUCACCGUUGCCAACUUCAUCAAGUGGAACCCCGCUGCUGGGGCUAGCUGCACCGGUCUAUGGGCCAAUACCUACGCUUGUGUGGGCCUUUGA